AUCCAGAACUAUAGCGCAACCGUCCCCAUCACUCUUUUCCUCCCCUCCUCCUCUCUUCUCUCUCUCACCGCCAGAUCUCUCUCCACUGCGUCUCUCACCCCUUUGCCCCCCUCCUCCACCUCCCCGGCUCAGUCCCUCACUCCUCUGACGCACGACAGGGAAACGGACCCGAGGAAAGACAGAAAGAAAGACAGGAGGAAUUUUAAAAAAAAAUUUAAAAAAAAAAAAGGGGAAAAAAAAGAAAAGCAGCAGCUGACCCAAUCGUCGAUAUGAUCCAGAGACUCUUGCUACUGCUGCACCGGACAGAGACGCGGUCCUGAAGCCGAGAGGAGAGCACUCUCACCCGGCUAUACUGUUGUUGAGCGCUCGCCCGAGGGGGGGCGGCGACGGCGGCGGAGGAGAAGAACGAGGAGGAGGAGGAGGAGGAGGAGGAGGAGAGGGGAGGAAGAGGAAGCGGACGGGCACAAGUCGAGGGCUUGCAUUUUAAGCAAACUGCUUAGAGAAAAAAAAAGGAGACGAGAAAGAAGGGGAGAGAGUCAGAGUCACCGGAGAGCGAGAGUGGGAGAGAUUGCAUUCCUAUCACGUCUUCAUUUCUCCUCUCUUUUGCCUCAGCCACUGAGAGAGGGUGAGAGAAGGAGGGAGGGAGGGAAAGAAAGAGAGAACGAGAUCUAACAAGAUUCACACUAGUGGGCUUUUUUUCCCUGAUGCUGUCCAAUUGCAGUACCAAACUAAGCCCGGCAUCGGACGGUGAGCGGGACGCACCGGGCGACAACAGAACACAUCGCAGGAGGAUAUGUGAAGUUGGAAUCCCACUAAACUAAUGCUGUGAAGUGGCUCUGUCCCUGGAGCCAAGACUUCAUCCCCUUGGUGUCAGCGAGGAUGCUGUGGGUUACCUUGCUGAGCACCAUAGCCUUAGGAUGGACCACCCCGAUCCCACUACUAGAGGACUCCGAGGAGAUCGACGAGCCCUGCUUCGAGCCCUGCUACUGUGAGGUCAAAGAGGGCAUCUUCCACGUCCACUGUGACAGUAAAGGAUUUACAAAUGUCAGCCAGAUCUCCCAGAUAUGGAGCCGGCCCUUCAAGCUCAACCUGCAGAGAAACUCCAUGAGGAAGCUUUACUUUAACAGCUUCCUCCAUCUCAACAAUGCCAUAUCCAUUAACCUGGGUAAUAACGCCUUGCAAGAUAUCCAUGCAGGAGCAUUCAAUGGCUUAGGAAUACUCAAACGGCUGUUCCUACAUGAAAACAAGCUAGAAGUUUUCCGGAAUGACACUUUUCUGGGGUUGGAGAGUUUAGAGUACCUCCAGGCGGACUACAAUGUUAUCAAACGGAUUGAAAGUGGUGCAUUCAGGCACCUUCACAAAUUGAGAGUGCUCAUACUAAAUGACAAUCUGAUCCCUGUGCUCCCAAAUUAUCUUUUCCGGUCUGUGUCACUCAAAGUUCUGGACCUGAGAGGAAACAGACUAAAGACAUUGCCGUACAAGGGCACGCUGGAGUACGUUGGGAGGAGCUUAAUGGAAAUUCAGCUGGAGGAGAACCCCUGGAACUGUGUGUGUGAGAUUGUCCAGUUAAAAACCUGGCUGGAGAGAAUCCCCUACACAGCUUUGGUUGGCGAGAUCACAUGCGAGUACCCAUUCCACUUACAUGGGAAAGACUUGCGGGAAAUCAAGCGCAGUGAGCUCUGUCCGAUGCUCUCCGAUGCUGAGAUUGAGGCCAAGCUGGGAAUUCCCCGGCUCCCAUUCAACAAUGAGAACACAUGGCCUACUAAACCUUCCUCCAUGCUUUCCUCCUUUCACAACACAGCCUCUUCUGUGGAAUACAAGGAAAGAGUCCCCAAGCCUACCAAACGACCUCGACCCACAAAGAACCCCCCAACCCCUCGUAGCAUCUACCCAGGCAUCAACCAGCCUCCUAUCGCUGGCUACCAAACAAGGCCUCCCAUCCCAAUAAUUUGUCCAGCCGGAUGUACUUGCAACCUUCACAUCAAUGACCUGGGGCUAACAGUGAACUGUAAAGAGAAAGGCUUUCACAACAUCUCAGAGCUCCUGCCUCGGCCCCUCAAUGCCAAGAAAUUAUAUCUCAGUGGGAACCUAAUACAGAAAAUCUACCGCUCAGAUUUCUGGAACUUCUCAAGUUUGGAUUUACUGCAUUUAGGGAAUAACAGGAUAUCCUAUGUCCAAGAGGGCGCCUUCAUCAACCUGCCAAACUUGAAAAGUUUAUAUCUGAAUGGGAAUGACAUUGAGAGACUCACCCCUGGGAUGUUUCGGGGGCUUCAGAUGUUGAGUUAUCUUUACUUUGAGUAUAAUGUCAUACGUGAGAUACAACCUAACUCCUUCUCCCUGAUGCCAAACCUCCAGCUGGUUUUCCUCAAUGACAACCUGCUGCGCUCCCUCCCCAAUGACGCCUUUGCUGGCACCAACCUUGCACGCCUCAACCUCCGCAACAACUACUUCCUUUCCCUGCCAGUGCGUGGCGUUCUGGAGCAUCUGACCUCCAUUGUCCAGAUUGAUCUCCAUCAGAACCCUUGGGACUGCUCCUGUGAUAUUAUACCCCUAAAACAGUGGCUGGAGAAGCUUUCCUCAGUCAUUGUGGUUGGAGAUGUCAUCUGCAAGACACCUGAGUUUGCUUUUGGGAAGGACCUGCGUUCACUGGAGGUUGAGGUCAUCUGUCCUGAGCUUAAAUAUUCUUCAGGCCCAUCACCGGCCCUGCCUGGUGGGGAUGACCUCACCACAGGGAGCUCUGACAUGGGGGAGGCAGGUGGGCGAGGGGCUGUCCCACUAUCUGUCCUCAUCCUCAGCCUGCUCAUCCUCUUCAUCUCUGCUGUGUUUGUGGCUGCCGGGCUUUUUGCCUUUGUUCUUCGUCGCAGGAAGAAGCUUCCCUUCCGGAAACGUUCUGAGGUAGAUCUGACGGGGAUCCAAAUGCAAUGCAGGAUUUUUGAGGACCCACCAAGGCAGAGCAGUGCUGGUAACACUGGCACACCAGAGAAACCAACACCCAGUAUGCACACACACACUCACACUAGUCACACACAUGCCCAUGGUCAUGUUUAUGAUUACAUCCCCCACCCUGUGACUCAGAUGUGUAAUAACCCCAUCUAUAAGCCUAGAGAGGGGGAGAUAGCAGAGGAAGACAGGGCGCAGUUUUCAGAGAAGAAAGACAAUGGCAGCAGUAGCAACAGUAACUACAGAACCUUGUUAGAGAAAGAGAGAGAGUGGACCCUGGCCGUCUCCAACUCUCAACUCAACACUAUCGUCACAGUUAACCACUCCACGGCUGACAUGGGAGGAUUUCAUGAGAACGGAGGGCUCUGCCCUACAGUAAUUGACAGUCAGAGGCCCACGCCAACAGUGGGCUUUGUAGACUGUUUGUAUGGGACAGUUCCCAAACUAAAGGACAUGCAUGUGGCGCAUGCGCACCCACCAGGCAUGCAGUACCCGGAUUUGCAGCAGGAUGCACGGCUGAAGGAGACAUUGCUUUUCACGGCGGGGAAAGGCUGCUACCCCGACCCGUCCCAAAGCGAUUACCUCGAGUUAAGGGCCAAACUUCAAACAAAGCCGGAUUACCUCGAAGUCUUGGAAAAAUCUUACCGGUUUUAACAUCUCUAGCCCCUGGGGAAAAAAAUAUAUACAAAAUACAAAACCAACACAUUCACUUUGCCACCCUCAAAACAAAAAUCACCCAAAACCAAUAUAAAAAACAAACUGGGAAAAAGCAGCAUGAUAUAAAAUAAAAUAUUAUAUUACAGUUACAAAGUUUCCCCCCCAAAUCACUUUGGAGGAGAGGCCAUUCUCAGAUAUUUCAAUGAAGUGCCUUUUUUUCAGAGUAGCCAGCAAUGUCAACAGCCGUUAUUUUUAUAAUAUAUAAAUAUCUCUAUAUGCCCAAGAGAGAGCAAAAGAGGAACGAGAGGGGCACCGGGGAAUAAAACAUACAAAUCAUCCUAAAAUACAUCUGUCACUAAAACCCCUUUUUAUGGAGUUACCAUGAUGCGCAAGACGCACGGGAGCUGGACGUCUCCCUGACUUGGGGGUUUCCCUUCUGUCUCUUUUACCCCUGACUAGGAUGUACAAACACCCGGAGGCCGUGCACAUAAAGUUUGUAGGAAAUGAUGGAAAGAGAGAAAAAAUACAUAUAUUAAAAUGAACUGCAGUUUGCUGCAUGCACUCGCUUCAGUGCAGGAAGCGAGGGGAUUUACUCAGAACUAUCACAUCACAUUAUGAACAGAGAUACUGCAACGCAUUUACAGUUCAGUGUUCUAUUUAAUUUUUAUAUCUUAUUAAUAUGGUUAUUACUAUUAAUGAGGACUUCUGUCUACAUCAGGGUGCUUCUCGUAAAAAGGACGCGCCGACGCACGGAUGGUAAAACAUUUGUGAAUAUUAUUAUAAGACAACGCUCAAGGUUUUCUGGAUAUUUCCACGCACUUUGUUGACCCAACCCCUCCCCACCCCCCACCCCUCCAUUGCUUCUGGAUUCCCCAUCGUCACCCACUAACAGCUUUGUAGGAGGCACUUUUAAUGUUUUCUCUCUCACAAAGAUUUGAAGAAAAAUGUGCAUAUAUUUAUUCUGUAAUUUCAGUGAAGAAUUUAAUUGUAAAGGUAAUGUUAAAUCAAUGUAUAGUGAUUAUGCGUCUGGUAUAGCCUUCUUAAUAAAAACAAACUCUUCAAUCAAAUGAUGAAAGGGUUGAUGCCACGGGAACCUGUGUGUGGAGCACUAUUGACAGGCUGUGUAUUUGGUGUCUUGUGAAAACGGCAUGUUGAGGCUGUGGCCAACCACCACUGAGGUAAUGCUGCUGCAGAUGGAAGAAUAGCUACUGAACCAAUAGAGUGCUGGACAGGAAUGUAGUGGAGGGCAAUAACAUUUAAACUCAGUUCAGCUGCUAAUUAUUUUUGGAUUAGUAAUUUAUUUGACAUUAUAGAAGAAGGGUGAGUUAAAAGGGCGAACUAUGUUUUUAUUCUGGCAAAUAUAAUCGCUUUUUCUGUCUUUUGGUAGUUUGUUCUAUGAUCAUCACCUGCUGGAUAUCAUAGUGCACUAUUUUAUUUAUUUUUUUAUUUUUUUGCCACUACAUUACUGGUCCUAAUCAGAUGCAAGCUGAAGGUAAAAGAUCCAGGAAAUGCCAGAACAAGUCAAGUGAGAUCUGCUGCUUUUAAAGAGGAUGAUAUGACAGGAUAUACCAAAUCAGUGAGGAAGGCUGCAAUUUUAAUUCUCUAAACGGGUAUUGCUGAUGUAGGCUAAUCAACAGUAAUUGAAAAGGGAAAAUGGAAAUCUGAUUGGAAGUCGCUCUCUGAAUUUGUGCAUCCAAUUUCUGACUCCCUCCAUAGUAGCAAUGUGGAUUCAGUCCACCGGAGGGCGAUAAAAAGGCGUUCAGAUUCAUUGGGCAUUUAGCAGAUUGGAUGCAGUUCUAAUGUAAUGCACAAAAUGUUUAUCCUAAGAGAUCAUCAUGUCUUGUAUUCAGUAUGAAUUAUUUUUGAAAUAUCUAUAUAUACAUAUAAAUAUAUAUAAAACCUACAAGUGGCAUAAGAUCAUUUUUUUCAUCCCAGCGCAGCUUCAUCCGUUUCAUGCUUUUUUCUUUUGAUUUUUCUCGCUUUAUUUCAACCAACUGUCUUGAAAAUGGCAGAAUGAAGCAGGUCACUCUAGCUGGAUCAACACAAUGAAGCAUUAUUUUCAAAAAAGCAAAUCUAAAAAGAGCUGACCAUCAAUUUUGCAUAUUGGUAUUAUAAUUUUUAGAUGGUUUAUUCACAUUGAAAUCCCUAAUAACUGAGUCCUCUACCACAGCAAGCAUUAGUUGCUUAGCUUUUUUUUCUGCUGUGAUUUUUUGAUAUCUCAUAUUUCUCUGUCCAAGCCUGAUUCAUUUUUGGGACCAAAUAAUACAAGCAGACAAAGGUUGAAGCGGCUGUGGAGUAAAUAUGGUGUUCCAGAUACACAUUAGUGCUAUUGCUUUUUUCUCUUUUCCUGAGGUGAAAUUUUGAUUUGGAAAACAUAUGAUGCAAUCUUGAUGUCUAUAAAUGUGUGAAUAUCUACGGAAAGGAGGGUGCAUUUCUGUUUUGUUUUCAAAUGGGCAUGGGUAUGCAGUUUGCUUUGAUUUCAAUAGUUUUACUAGGAGUGAUGAUCCUCAGUUGCAAUUGGGUGUUCUAGUUGCUCAUAUGUGUCAACAUACACUGAGUGGAAGACAUGUAGCAAACCACAUACUUCCCUGUACUAUGGGAAGGCCCUUAGCUAGUUUAGAGCAGCCAUCACCAGUAUUGAUCAUCAAUGAUCCAGUCUAUAAGCUUGCAUAAUAUGAAACAUUUGACCUUGUGUUGUAUUCAUUGUUUCAUUUCUUUGACAAUUAUUGUUGCUAUAAUGAGUGAAGGUCACCUUCAUUUAAAGCCUUUGUAAGCAUGGUAGCAUUACGUCCAGGCUCUUUGUUUUUUGAAAGUUUCACAAUGCUGUACCCCCAUGUUCUGCUGCCCCACUUCAUUUCUCUGCUCUUUUUUAUUUUACUUUACCACUUAAAACACUCUCUCUCACACACACACACACACACACACACACACACACACACACACACACACACACACAGACAUGUACAAACAAACCCACACACACACACACUCAAACACACACGUACACACACGUUAAGCCUUCCUUUCCCUGACCAAGACGUUAGACUAUAUGGUCAGCAUUUUCAGUGUGCACUCAGUUUGAUUAAAAACAUAAUGCAUUACUCUGUUAACUCUCACCAUCACCCCCCAAC